CCUUCAGGUAAAAAUGAGGCUGGGUGUCACUGGGCGUGUAUUAGUGGUCAUAAAUGCACAGCAGGGCUCAGCGACUGUCACUCUGACAGACUCGUUCAACACAGUCGGAUGGGGGAAACACAUUUUUGGGGGGAGCACCAAAAACUUUUUUGUUUUUUUAUUUAAUUCUAUGGAUUUUGUUGGGAAGUGAAAAACAGCUCCAAGCUCUGGCUCUGGGAACAUGCGCAUUUGUCGGCGCGCAGCUUGGCCAGUGCGUCUUCAGCUCCUCUCCGCGUUGGAUCAGCGGUGCGCUCCGUGACGCGCUCUCCUGACAACUCCAGACUCUUCUGAAUGUGAGGUCUGCGCUUGGAGAUGGAGGAUCCCAACACUCCAAGUCGAGUGUUUCAAAAGUCUCCUUUCAGCAUCAGCAGCCUGCUGUGGAGGAGGGAUGGCGAUCAAGAACCUUCCUCUAUUUCCCAGAAAGCGCGCUCAACUCCGCCGGAGGAGAGCCGCCAAGAGGAGACGGAUGACAGGAGCAGCCAAAGCCCUAAGACGCGCGUAAAAGUGGAGCCAGUGAAGCAAGAAAGAGUUAAGGUGGAACCAAAUAAAAGCAGAGGAACAGAGGAGAGCGCAAAGCCCGAGAAACCUCCUUUCAGCUACAACGCACUUAUUAUGAUGGCGAUCCGCCAAAGCCCGGGACGGAGACUCACGCUCAACGGCAUCUAUGAGUUCAUCAUGGACAACUUUCCGUAUUACCGAGACAACCGUCAGGGCUGGCAAAACUCCAUAAGGCACAACUUGAGUCUGAACAAGUGUUUUAUUAAGGUGCCUCGCCACUAUGAUGACCCAGGAAAGGGGAACUACUGGAUGCUGGAUCCCUGCAGUGAGGAUGUCUUCAUAGGGAGCACGUCUGGGAAGCUCCGGCGCAGAACCGACGCCUCCUCCAGGUUCAAACUUGGCGUCAAAAGCGGAGGGGGUCGCCUCAUAUCCACCACCGCAGCGACCAGCGUCACCCUGGCCGCCGCCGGUUCGUUUUACUGGCCGGUGCCGCCGUUCCUACCACUCCAAACCCCGGCGCGCGCGCCACUUUACGCAAGCGCGCAGCCACGCUUCUCGAACCACGCCGCGUCGGUGGUUUCUCAGCGGGCCCGGCUCGGCACCGGCGCAGCAGAAGCAGACCGGUUCGUGCACCAGAAGAUGUCCUACAUCGGAGUCAGCUGCGCGCCAUCCCGGCGCCACCAGAUCGGCACCACCUGCGCCGCCUUCUCCGCCUCUAUCCCCGCGUGCUCCCUGCCGCUCUCAGACCCGUGUCCUUUUAACAUGAUCUCCGGACAAGCCAGUUACUUUUACUCCCACCAGAUACCGUGCGGCGCCGCGUUCGGCGCGUGCCAGGAGGAGUGCGCCACAUCCAAGACCCCGCCGGCAGAGUUUGCAUCCAGGAACUCUUACCCAGACCUCAGAGGAUGCUGCAGCGACUUUCCAAAUUAUUGUCCUCAAAUGAGCUCCAACCGGCUUUGAAAAUGAAUCAACACUUCGCAAAACCCUAAAAAUAACAAUUUGAAAAUGUGGUUUUGCUAACUUUAGAGGAAAUUAAAAGGUAAAAAUAUAGCCUGCAUUUUCUUUGGAAUUAAACAGUUAAAUUAGAAAAAACGGCUGGUGUGCAAACAAUAUAGUAUGUUUGCAUAAGCAAAAGUUUGUCACUUACAAAGAAUAUGCAAAAAGUUUCUUCCUAACAGCAGAAAAACAACAGCAGGGAUCAGUUAAUGUGUGGUCCGAUCUGAUCAUUUCUUCAGAUGUUUGUCACUUUCUCCUUUGACUGUUCUCACAUAGUUUUUGCGCAUGCAUGCUGCCUUUUCAGGCUGACUUUGAAAAUGAAUGACUUAAUUUGAAGUAAUUUAUUUUAGCCAGCAUGCUAACCAACAUAUUACAAACCAAAUUUGAUUUUUUUAAUGUGUGCUUCUAAUCAAACUAAUUGAACAAAGUUUUAUUUAAAGAGCUUUAAAAGUGCGAGUUUAGUUAGAACAAUUACUGUGGUAAAUUGCACUGAAAUUUCUCAUUUGCUACACUUAUUGUCCAGGUUUUUGCAACUAAAAUAUACUCCAAUGCUAAUUACCUAACAUGUAAUUAGACGAUAAAUAAUGCAUUUUUAAUUGUGUUUUCUUUUUACCUCAUUA